AAUCAAUAAAAGUCGACUGAACGAUGGCAACUCCAGCGAAAGUCGAUCAGAAGCCAAUUUGCAAAUACGGCGCCAACUGCUAUCGUAAAAAUGAAGAUCACCUAAAACAAUAUCGUCAUCCCAAGAAGAAACAUGAAGAUGACGAGGAAAAACCACCCAAGAAAAAGAAACAAGAGCCGACGAAAGCAGUGACACACAAGCAUGCAGCGAUUACAGAUUAUUUUAAAGGAAAUCAGAAUAAUGGAGAAGCGGGUUUAUCUAAUAAAACAGACGAUGAGAAAGUUUUGCAAAAAGAAGAGGAAAACAAGUCAUCAGAUAACAUGCAGGAGGACAAAUGUGACAAGGAUGUGGAAGACCUUGAGCAUAUGCCAGAAUCUCCCUCAGACAUACAAGCCAACAUCAAGUCCAAAUUCUUGGUGGAAAUGCCAAAGGACUUCUAUGAUUUCUGGAAAUUUUGCCAAAAAAUGAAUGCUGAAGAUCCUUUGGAUGCCUUGCAAGAAACACUAGGCUACACACUGGUUGGACCAUAUGAUGUUGUGGCAGGAAGACAUAGAGAUGUUGAACGAAACAGUGCUGCCAGGAGGCCAAACUUCUUGCUGCAUUGGCGGUACUAUUAUGAUCCUCCGGAGUUUUUGACUGUUAUUAAAGGAGAUGAUGAAAAGCAAUUCCACAUAGGAUAUUUUAGGGAUGACCCAAGAGAAAUGCCAGUAUUUGUGGCUAGCAACUGUGCAAAAGAAAAUGGAAACAUAAUACCAGUAGGAGAUAACCUUUUCGCAGCAGUCCAUCACAGCAUCACUGCAGAACUGAAAAACACAGGUUUGUCCAAAGACAAGAAGGACUCUUUGCUAAAUCUGCAGAAGAAACUAAAGUCAGCUGCACAUGCCGAAGGCUAUGCUCUUGAGCUGGAAACAAAACGGAUGAAAGAAAGAAACAAAAAGAGUGUAUGUAAAACAUUUCAUGGUGCCGGAAUGGUUGUUCCGGUGGAUGCUAAUGAAGUUGGCUAUCGGCCUGUGCCAGAAACACAAGGUGACUUAAAGAAAAUGCUGGCUCGCAUCAGAGACAGCAAGACAGAAGCAGACCAGACUAAGAACUUUGAGCAGCUGCAGGAGCUUGUCACACUGGUGCAGUUUGCCAAUGAUGAGUGUGAUUAUGGAGAAGGCCUGGAACUUGGACUUGAUCUUUUCAGCUUUGGUGGAGAAUGUUUUCAUUCUGUGAUUGGCAGUCUGCUGACUCUGGCAUACCAGUUGCUCGGGAGGCUUGAAUACAGCAAGAUCAUUGAGGCACACUUAGCCAGAAGAUCUCAUUCUGCAAAUCUGAGUGAAAUUGACUGAUUUGAAAAGUUUCUAUGGCACAAAUAACUCAGGCAUCAGGUUUCUGAAGACCAUCAUCUUUUCAUUGUUUUUAGUUUUGCCAGCUGCUUACAAUCUCAUUCAUCUCAUAUCUGAAUAUGAGUUGUCUAAGCUGCCAUCUUUGCAGCUCAUUGCACAGCAAUAUUCAAAAUACCAAAAUGCCUUUGUUGUUGAAUGUAUGGGGUAGAGUUCCUGGAAGCCACAUAUGACAAAUGUGUUGCUUCCUGUCCAUUGUUAUUAUGGAAGGAAAGCACUAACCAAAAAAAGUUUAUUUCAUGUUGCCUACAGUGUCAUUGUUAUAAUUUCAACAGCUUAGCUGUAUUUUGUAUAAACCAAAUAGUCAUUUGUUAAUGUAUCUAGGCAGAAUUUCUUGUGAGGUCUUAAGAAAGCUCAAUUUCCAAACAUCUACAAUAGCUUGUAUGUAUGUGAGGUUUUGGAAACAAAUUUUAAGUCGCUGGUCUCAAUCGACAAAUCAGUUGAAUCACUGAAGUGGUAAUUUAGUAAAGUUAAUGAGCACUUAAGGCCAGUAGUUUAAGACUUAUGUAAGAUAUAUUUUCAAGAUCUUGCAUGAAAGCCAGCCCUGACCUUAGGCAGAACACUUGUGAUCUCUGUUAUUUCUCAUUUAGUAAUCUACUUUUUUCAUAGUUGUUUACUUCAUUUUUUGUGCCAUAUAUUUCUGAUCACCAGUACUUAGAACUUUAAAAUCACAAAAUCUUAUUUUUUCAUAUAUGAAUCAUGUAAACCAUUGUUUUAACGAACAAUGAGAAGGAUCAACACUGUUAUCCGAUGAAGUCUGCAGCAAAUGAAAGGUUUAUGGGUAAUGUUCUUCCCAUGAUUGUUUUCAUUGGUUGUGAUUCUUAUUUAUUUUAAAUGUGAAUCACAUGCAGUCCUUUUCAUUUGGAAAAUGUACAGGAUAAAAGAACAUUGUAAUUAUGGGACUAGAUUCUAAUAGCUUUGUCAUUGUUAAACUUUACUUUCCAUGAGGAGCAUUGGUGUUCUAAUGUGUUUGGGGGAUUUUGGUCACUAAAAGAGAAUUUCUUUCUGCACUUAGGUUAUCUCAGUCUUCUGUUAUGUAUAAAAUUAGUCUGUAUCAAUUAACUUGUUUGGUGUUAAUCUACGUCUCAGCCAGUGGACUAUUUAGACAAGGCAAAACUGCAUAUUAUGGGCAGCACUGGCAUUCUGACAUUAUUUUGAGAGAAAAUACUUGGCUUUUAGAUGUUUUUGUCACAUCAGACUUUGCUGCACACAAAUAAAUGUUGAA